AUGCGUGGGAUACUGGGAACUCUUGACGACGGAAGGGAGGCUGAAUCAAGAAUGGAGAUGUGGAGGGUGUUGAGCGAGGCCUCGGGCUCGAAAGGGGUAUUGUGGCGACCCUGGUACCGGUACGAGCAGCUAGCCGGCAAAGCAGCGGGAGGCCAACAGCCAACGCUUGGCGGCGCAUUACCACCGUCAUCCCCAGUAAAUGCCAUCAUGGCGCCACUUUCCCCUGCACCUCGAUAUUUUGCGGGCCAGGCCUUGGGCGGGAGCUCCCUCGGUCGUCGGAGAACUAGUGUCGCGAGCGCAAGGCCGAGACAGAUAGAAGGUUCUUUCGGUAUGCCGUGA